AUGGAGGAGACCCGUCUGAAUAAGCAACAGAUCUGCAACUGGUUUGCAAAUUACAGGAGAAAACUCAAGAAAGCCGCCAGCCAGCAAGAGAGUGUUGGAGAGUUAAAUCAGAGCCCGGGAUCUCCCCAACAUUCGAUGAGAAGUCCGCAGAUCACUGUCGGGGGCAGCGGCAGGCCGCCUGUCUCAGAUAACUAUACUGCCGAGCAUUUUGAAUGGAUUAAAAGUGAACCACAAACGAGUGUGAUGGACUACACAGCUGCCACAAGACCAGGACUGUACAUCCCACAGUGUUGUACCACAGGACCACCCUCCCACCAGCUCUUCCUGCCUGAGACCGACCCUGCCACCUUGCUGAACGCAGCCUCGGGUUACUGGUGCCAGUCGGCGGAAGCAUCCCACAGCCUCGCCCAGCCGCACGUGCCCCUCUGCCCCUGCAUGUCGCUGGCCGUGAAACUUGCACAGGCCCCGCCGUUGAUGGUCACCUCCCAGCCGGCCUUUCCCCACAGACUCUUCGAGACAGCUCUCUGGUCCAGCGGGCAGUUUGAGAGUGCAGCAGCCCUCGAGCAGUUCUACCCGAGCCAAGAUCUCCUCCAUCAAGGCAGCUGGAGUCUGUGCAACAGGGGCCAGUUGUCACCACAUGAUGCCAGCCCCUUCCACCCGUUCAGUAACCUCUUCCUCACUAACAUGCAGCAGUCGGACGUCAGAGAACUCCUGAGGGAGGAAAUGGUUAAUGGCAGCUAUCUGCACAUGAUGUGCCCGGAUAUUGGCAAUGCCAACCAGAUACUGCUGGACGGGAGCACUAAGGGGGAUUCCAGCUGGCCAGGGCUCUUGCCCAGUAGUGCCAGCCAUUACCAAGCUCCUUUACUCGAUGGAAGAUUCCUUGCACCUGGAGGGUUUGGUGGUCCUGAAGAGAGUGAGGCAGGGACUGAGGGAAUGCCGCUCUGUGUAGAUGGAGAUGGAGCCGGGAGCUACAGAGGAGGUUUAAACCAGCCAUCACAAGCAACCUUUGGAGAAUGCAGUCCACAAAGCAACGUUGAUGGUGUGGAGAUAGAUUGCAGGAGGCUGACGUACGUAAAGGUUGAGACGGAAGUGUGGUGCCAUCCCCAACACAGCCAGGUUCAGCAGGACACUAACCUGGACAUAGCAGCACAGGCCCUGAUCCAGCUCUCCCAGAUACCCAUCAGCAGCCUUUCAACACCGGACGGCACUGCUUCCACAGACUGCCAGAGAACAUGGGAGCCGUAAGAACACAGCAAGCAAUGUCCUUUAUCUCAGUUACCCUGGGAGUCAGGAGAGCUUUAUCUGUGUGAGGCAACACUCUUCAGGAUCUGCCCCACGUGGCUGUGUGACCAGCCAGUAGGCUGGUGCUGUGAGUUUGAGGAAUCCACUGUCCAUUGAGAACACAGUCAGCAAGCGAGUGGGGAGGAGGCCAUCAGUCUGCAUUCACUCUAACUGGUUGGUCGUAGAUCAAACGACCUUCGAUUUACAUGGAGAGCAGAGUCCAUUUAGAGAACGGAGGAGCCAGAACUUACGACGGUAAAUGCAGAAGGUUCCCCAUUGAAACGCAACUGGUUUUGAUUUGAUUGAUUGAUUGUGAGAAUAAUUACCUACAGUCGCCGUUCAGAAAAACAAUCUCAACGCCUCAAUAAACUGGUCACUGGGCUUGAGUGCCAGUGGAGUUACCCAACACACCAGCUCCAGUUGGGACAGUAUUGUCUAGAGGGAGGUUAUAUGACACAUUGUCCCUCAAGUGGAUUCCUUUAAAGGCACUGUCAUUUUCCUCUCCCUUUUUCUCCAUGAUCUCGCAACUUUUCUUUUUACCAUUCCAUUUUACACAGGGCCAUUUCAAACAUAACUCCUAAAUCCUUGGGGAAAAAACACUCUUACCUUUUCAUUUGGUUUACCCAUAAACACCUGGGGCUCGCUUACAGACCUUCCUAACACCGUUAUUCCUUUUCAGUGCACCCUGGCACUAUUGAAGCUGAAGCAGCCCCUCCACAGUGAACCCAUCUAUGAGGCACAGAUAUCUAUUCACACCCUGUAGCAUUCUUGGUGCCUUGAGUGCCGAUCCCCACAUUCACCUACAUUAUGGGGCCCUCGUGCAGAGCACGCUGUUGGUCUCAACUCUGGCCAAGGAUUGAUUGCUUUGUUUUCCUGUUUCACAUUUCACUCGUUCGGUACAGACACAUAUUCAAAGAUGACAACUUACCCUCAUAUCAAUUUCUUGACUAGAUAGGUUGCUCUGAUUUCAAAUUCCAUGCCCCAGUCUACCUCAGCAAUUGAAACCUCUUCAACUAGCCCACCAAAAUGUUACAAUCCUCUGCCAAAUACCAUUUGCUUCGGUAUUACUGAGAAUACAGGCACAAUCCAAGCAAUCUCCCCUUGUACUUAUGUCCGAGGAUGACUGGUGAUAAUUUGGUGGGUUUGUACAGUUGUGCUCCCAGCCCAGUAAACCUUGCUUCAGGUAUGGUGCCCAGAACUUUGCAUGAUAAUCCAGCAGUGACUUCAGGGUUUAGUGUGAUUGCAACAAAACGUCUUAGUUAUUCUGGUCCUGUUUGAUUUCUAUCCUUUAUUUGUAUGUGGCUACUUAAUUUAAUAUUCUGUAGAAACAAGCAACUGCAGAUGCUGGUUUACAAAAAAAAAGGCACAAAGUGCUGGAGUAACUCAGCGGGCCAGGCAGCAUCUCUGGAGAACAUGGAUUGGUGAUGUUUUGGAUCAGAACCCUUCUCCAACACUUUGUGUCUUUUCUACAUGAAUGUAUUGUCUACUUAGACCCCCAUAUCUCUUUGGACUUCCAAGAUUCUUAGCUUUUCAACCUUUGGACUAAUUUCCUGAAUUUCCAAAAUGAAUGAACCAAUACAAAUCUGUGUGGAAACACAGCUGCCACAGAUCUGCCCAUUCACUUCAUCCAUCCAUCUCCUUUUAUGAUCUGGGUGCUUUGUGUAUCAUACAGUACCACUCAUGUACAGCAACAGAGAACUUGGAUUUAUAAUGGCACAUUAAUUCUGAGGUUAGUUUCAGAGGACAGAACUUAGUGGGUUUUGAUGGUUAGUUUUACACUUUGUCACACAAGUUAACUGAUGUUUUUAGUAUGUUUUCUGAAUGUUGCUUAACUUUUAAGAUACAUCAACUCUCAACUUUUAAGAUCCAUUUUCAUUGACCAGUAUUUGGAGUGUGUCUUUGGCACAGAAUGAGUGUAGAGAAGAGUGAACCUAUUUGUGCGUUUGGAGUUUAAUUCUCUCGUUGCAGAAUGAGUGGGUGGUGGGAGGUAGCUGAGGCAGAACGUGGCUGUUUCCCAUUCACUGUAGAUGGACACGCUCCAGAACUGUAGGUACUAGCCUCAGGGGUCCACCCACCUACCUCAUGACGGCUUGUUAUUGAUGGCAGAAAGUAUAUAUUUUAAAUGUUCUGAAUUAACAUUUUGUAUUUAUAAGUGUUUUCCAAACCUUAAUCUGAGCCGAUGUUAAUAAAGUUAUUGAAG